CUAAAAAAGAGAUGAUAAUUGGAUGAGCUAUGCAUUCUGAUCGACGACCUGUUUCGAACGCGCACCUGCUUCAGAUUUGUUCAUUCGUCAGGUUGAUCGAUUCAGGUAAACUUUCGUUUUCCUUCAUUAGCAUUCAUCCAUAGACAGCAAAUAUUUUCAUCAUUCACAUUGAGACAUUGAUUUUGUCGUAUGUUUGUGUAAAUAAUACAAAAAUCAGCUUGACCACAAAGAUGGCAAUUACAAUCGAAUCAUUUAAAUGGAUAUUGAUAAUUUUGAUUUGGCUAUUAUGCAAUACAACAUUCAUAGCCAAUAAUGAAGAUAGUACUCAAACAUUACUUAUUGGCAAUAGAAUUGGUUGUGAUCAGGAAGGACAAAUUGUAGAAAUACCUUUCAUUCGAAUGACUGAUCCAUGUAUUGUAUGUAUGUGUCGUAAUUCAGUUAUCGAUUGUUACCGUUAUGAUCGCAACAGCACCGUUUGUACUUCAUCAAAAUUGCCUUUAACGAAUAAUAAUGAUAAGGAUUGUUAUCACUAUACUCAACAAAUCAAAUCAAAUCCAGAAUCAAAUCGUACAGAGGAUGUUUGUUGUGCACGAAAAAUGUGUCUGACUUGCAGAAUUGGCGAUCGAAUCAUUGCAAAUGGACAAACUGUACAGGAUCAUCAUAUAUGCCAAUCACAUCAUUGUCAUUCGGGAACAUUAACUUCAUCGAAAAUGGAAUGUUAUGUUCCAUGUGAUCGUCCAAUACGAUUUUUGGGACAAUGUUGUCCAUCAUGUAAUGCUUGUCCACGUAAUGUACCAGAUGGUAAUGAAGUUGAUCCACUGUUAAAAGGUAAUCAAUAUGAUCCAUGUGUACGAUGUUAUUGUUUCAAAGGACAGAUGAUUUGUCAUCGUCGUGUUUGUCCAGUAUUACCUUGUCCACGUUCAGAAUGGAUCAAAAAAUCAGAAUGUUGUCCAAUUUGUCGAUCAUCAAAAUCAUCGCAAGUUAUACAAUUAUUCAAUAGUUCCUGUAUUAUGGGUGAAAAACGAUAUGAACAUUUACAAUCAUUUAAUUAUGAUUCGUGCACAGAUUGUGUAUGCAAGAACGGAACCAAUAUUUGUAAUCGACGAUCUUGUUCGACCAACGAUGAAACAGUGACAAAAAUGGAAGAAAAAAUCACAAAGGAAAAUUCUAAUCAAUCAAUACGAUGCAUGGAUACAAUGAACGAAAACCUCUCAUGUACUACACAAUCGAGUUUGAUCAAAUUGGUUUGUCCUAAUGGACAAAAUAUUAAAGUUAAACGUAAUGGUGAAAAGACCUGUGUUCCAAAUAAUGAUGAGGAUGGUCAUUGUUAUGUUAACGAUUCAUGGAACAACAUAACUACUUUGGAUGGUUAUAAUUAUCGAUUAAAUAGUCAUGAUCGGAAAAUGAGAGAUGGUCGUCUUUGCAAUCGUAUAUUGGCCAAAGAUAGUAAUGGACGUCGAUUUUCAUUGCAUCUAUUACAUCGAUAUCGUCGCCAUUCAAAACAACAUAAUGAAUCGGCUAAGUAUUUAGGAGCUUCGUUGCUAUUAUGGAUCGAAAAUACUCGAAUACUUUUGAGCCAUAGUGAAACAGUUAAUCGUGUUCGUGUGAAUCGCAAACCAGCACAGCUUCCAUACAUUCAUAUGGGACAAUUUUCGAUUGUAAAAGAUAAAGAAAAUAAUGGAAUUCGUUUACAUGCUUUAAUUGGAAUCGAUUUAUGGUGGCAACCUAAUCGAUCAAUUGAAAUUCAUUUAAAAAAUCAUUUUCAAAAGAAUAUUUUUGGUUUAUGUGGUGAUUUUAAUGGUGAUCCAACAAACGAUAAACAACAAGCAAAAGACAUUGCCUAUGGUUGUCAAAGAAAACGAAUGAAAUCGUUAAAAAGUCAUCAUCAUCAAGAUGAAUAUUUAUUCGAACAUAGUUGUCGACCAGAAAAAAGAGAUUCUGUUCGUAAAUUUUGCGAUCGAAUAAUUCGAAGAUAUCAUCAACAAUUAUUAUGUCGACCAAAAGAAUUACGUAAAACGUAUGAACAAUGUUUACAAAAUGUAUGCCAUUGUUAUGGUGGUCAUCAUGGUGAUGAUCGUCAAUGUCUUUGUUAUGCUAUGCAAUAUUUUUUGGAUUCUUGCCAUUCGGAAACUUCGGAUAUUAUAAAUAAUCGAACAUUAUCGAAAUCUGAAUUACGAAUUCCUAUGUGCAAACCACUAAAAUGUCCACCCGGUUCGGAAUUCAAUUUCUGUGGUAAUGAAUGUCGAAAAAAAACCUGUUCACAACAAUUCGAACAAAAAGUAAUAAUGAAUCCAUUAUUAAACUGUAAUGAAUGUAUACCAGGAUGUGAAUGUAUUGGUAAUCGACGUUGGCAUAAUGGUUUUUGCAUACCGGAAAUGAUGUGUCCUUUAAAUGUUCAUCAAUAAUAAUAAUUUUUUUUGUCUUAAUUU